AUGGACAAGAAGGUUGCAAAGCGGCUGGCCCGGAUUGAGGCAUCUCUGACAUCCUCAAGUGAGACGCCGGCAGCCUUCUUUGCAGAGGCUGCUUCAGGGGCUGCACGCAUAGCCUGCGAUGCGCCUGGAAUUAACGACCGUCGCGCUGCCAGCCGUGCGCUUUUGGCCGCGGCAGCCAAAUCUGAGAACGCGCUGCACGCCAGGAUGGCUGCCUUGGAGGCCCUCGUCGAGGUCUCGGCAGACGUGGGUGGCUUCCAGGACGUCUUGAGCCUCGAGGUGGCAUGGCCCAGUCCUCUGAGGCGCUGCAUUGCGGAGGGCGGCGUCCGAUUUCGUCUGCCCGCGGAUCUAGGGCCAAGGCUCAUAGACGUGGCCGGUGCGGAGGAAGUUUGCUCAGCCUUCUGUGAAGCAGCCAAGACGACCCCAGGCCUGUGGUCUGCCUCCCAGCUGCUGGAGACAGCGCUGGAGCGUGGAAGUGCCUCUUGUGCGCUCUCUGCUAUUUCUUACAACGCUGAGUUUGUGAGGCCUUUGCUAGUCAAGGUGGCAGGGCGUGCUGCAGAGCCACUUGCGUUUGUAGACUUGUACCUUCUUGGGCUUUCUGAAGAUGACGCUGACUCCGUCUGCGAGCUCUCCGUUGUGGUGUUGGGCGAAGCGCUACGACGGCGCUUAGUCCAGGAAGAGGUGGGACCAUACCUCUCACGACUCAAUCGGCUUUCCUGGGCUUGGCCAGAUGCAUCCUAUGGCGUUUUUGGCUUGGAGACUGCAGUGGCAGCUCUUCUUUGGACGGCCACUGGCAAAGAAGUCAGCACAUUGCUGUCGCUUCCUAUCCAAGGAGCACCUUCAGGGCACCUCUUGGCAGCGGCCAGGAUGCUCGCGGGCACAUUGCCUGCUGGGCCAGCACAGCGCGCAGCGGAGACCUUUUGCACAAGGUCUUGCAGUGCAAGCACAAGUGUUUCCAGAAAGCAUCCCAGGCAUCUUGUGCUGCCAGCAUUGUGGGCAGCUCGGGCAGAACGCGACGAUAGCCAACAAGGAAUCUGGCUUCCAGCCAGCUUUGACACGUACACACAGCUGCACGUGGCCCGAUGCCUUGACAGUCCUCAUGCAGCGGCACGUUUGCGUGCAGCAUGCCAAGCAGCCUGGCUCAUCGACCGCAAGCCUUUGGGAUCACUUUGCCUACUGCCGAGUCUCUUGCACGCGGCGGCGUUGGAGCCGCGCCGCGAAAGUCCAAUUCCCAAUCUACCUGGACUGUGUUUGCACGCCAUGGCUGGCUAUGGGGCGUCUGCAGAAGCCAGUAAGCUGGCUGCGAGGGCUCUGAAGGGCUUGGAGGACCCGGAAGCCCUUCCUGCGAUGGCCGCCUUGUGCUCUCAAGGAGAUGCUGCAGCGCUGGCCGCCUUCGGCGAGUGCGUCGAAUAUCAGGCCCAAGACUGCGAGGAGGUACGUGCUGCCCGCUUAAGGGCCAUUGCAGACCUCGCGAAGCUCCGCCCGGAUGAUGCAGCGGAACUUACUACUCCGAUCCAGGCGGCGCUACAAGAUCAGAGCCCUGGCAUCGUGGCCUUAGCUUUAGAGGUGCUGCCAAAACUUGCCGGAGCUAUGGACUUCUCUAGGGCCUUCGACAUCCUGCGCAAGAAGCCACCUUUGGCCGGAUUGCUUGCUGGCCGCGUUCAGGAAGACCCGCGGGUCCUGUGUGCAGCCUUGGAGUUGCUCCUGGAAUACAUUCGAGGAUCGGAUGCGUGGAAGUUUCCAAAGCAAGCUUUGUCGGGCAAGAAGGAAAUGGAUCUGUUGACUCGCCUCCUUGAGCAUGAUGAGCCGCAAGUCCGUGCAGCUGUGUAUGGAUGUAUUGGGGCCUUUGUGGCAGACUGGAUGUAUCCGCAGAUCGGAGAGGAAAGUGUGGAGCUUCCCGGAAUAUGGCAAAAGCUUCUCAGCGUGGACUUCUUGGUGGAUCUCUUCCUGAAGGAUGGCGCCGAUGCGACAUUUCGUGCGCCGCUGCUGGCGGUUCUUUCCAAAGAGCGCGGCGACUUGGGCCGCGCGGUGCACGUGGAGCGGCACCCCAAACUCGGGUUAGUGGAGGCGGCCGCGGCGGCUCUGCAUGGUGACCAAAGCGUGCGUGCAGCCAUGGCCAUGGGCCGCGCGAAGGACAUAGCGCUCAAGCGGACUUGCGAAGAGCUGCGAGUCAGCGAGCACUUGGCCUUGGCAUUCCUGGCCCCAGAAGCGUGGCUGAUGCUCGUGAGCAGGUGUGAGGACUUGGAGGACCAGGUGGCUCAGGCCAAAACGUUUCUGCGGGCGUCCGUGGGCUCCAGCCCCGGCAGCGCCGUGAACGCCGCGCUGCAGCUGGCGGCGCUGGGCCGCCGCCUGCCCACGCUGGCGGAGGACGCCUGUGAGGAGAUCUGCAACGCGCUGCCCAAGCUGCAGCCCUUGCACCCUGUCAUCGAGGCCUUCGCGGCCUUGAUGCAGUCCCUUCCACCCAAGAGGCGCCCGGUAGUCCUGAAGCACAUCAACGCAAGCUUGGCGAAGCAAGAAGGCUUUGCAGACUUGCUGGAGCUGGCUUUUGGAUCCUGGGGCGAACGGAGACGCGACACUUUGCCACGUUGCAUGAUGUAUCUGGAGUCUGAAGCACGGGACGACAACUACUGGAUGCUUUGGUUCUGGAUGCGCUGGGUAGUUCCUGCUUUGCCAGAGCGCACCCUGCUGCUUUUGAAGCUGCGAGAAGCCCUGGAAGAAGGCAAGAUUGCAGCUGCCCUGCCGCUGAGUGCAUUGCUGACGUCCGGACAUAUCAAGGAUUCCCAAAGUGUGCAAGCAGUGCAAGCGGUCUAUGCAGCUUUUCUUGGUCUUGGCGGAGAUGAUGAACCUCUGCUUUGGCUGGCGGCUGCCCGCUUCUAUGCAUUUCAGAAACGCCGCUGUGCCGUUGAUCCACUACAGCACAAGCUGCGUACCACACUGCAGGCCUGGCUGGCAGCACCAUGCGCUUUGGCUCACCGCCCAUGGCGUGAUCUUGCUGCAUGCGAGUUUUGCGGCCUAGCGCUGACAUGGCCACAGGCGCAGUUUAUGUGGCUGGAGGCUUCAGAAGCAGAGACAUUGCUCAGCUUUUUGCAGGGCAAGGGGAAUGCCGAGCUGCAGCGUUCAGCGCGUCCUGCAGAUACCACCAGCGCACUUUGCAUCGGGCUUUUGCUUCAGAACCUCAAGCAACAACAACCUGCGUGCGUAACAGCAGUGCUGAAGACAAACUCACUGCUUUGUGCCUCAAUAUCUGCACUUGCUGCGAUGGGAGGUGCAGAGCUUCGCUUAACCUCGGCAGCCACUGCCUUGACGCAGAUGAGUGGCUUGCACGUGCGCGAGCUCCUGCAGGCUUUGGCUUCGUUGCCCACGCUGCCUGAUUUGCGCCUGGGUGUGUAUUUGCGCAACAUCCUGGAGAGCCAGGACGUUGAUUCAAUCCCAGCCCUGCUUCAGUUCAUCAAAGCUCAUGCGGGUGCAGACCCAUCACUGGCAGCUCUGUGGCUGGACAUCGGAAAGCAUGAAGCCCUCCACGAGAACCACAUUCUGGCCUUUGCGCGCACACUGACUUUGGCCCUGGUGUCUCAGCUGCAGGUCCUUGAGGUGCUGCAUCGUUUGUUCGCCUCUUGCGUGAAGAAUCAAUGGUGGACUGCCCUGGCGGAGCUCAUUCGCAACCUGGCGAGUGUUGCGAGUUGGAAGGAGUGCCAAGACUUGGAGGCCUUGCAAGGGCUGCAAGCCUUAGCCGAUCCCAGCUGGAGAGCCGCGGCAGCGCUGGCAGAGCUUUGGCAGGCGUUGCCUCAGAUUUGGGUUGCAGACGCGCCGUUGUUGACACUUGGUGCCCUACAUUUGCGCGGUGUGCUUCCUCUUUCGGCUCUUCGUGGACAUCGCGACAGAAUUCUCCAGGGCACCUCAGUAUGGCAUACGCACCUCCUUGCCAUGAUCUAUGCUCGCACCGGACGUGACAACCAGCUGGAGGCCUUGCGCGAAUUAGUAGCAUUGGGCGGCUUCUCAGGAGUGAGGCUUCAUCCGCUACGAGACCUUGUCCGAUGUUUAGGUUUGCACCUUCUCAGCCCUUCCUUAGCACAGGCGGAGGCGUGGGAAUCCUUGACAGCCGAGGGCGUUGCUGAGUUCCCCCACAUUGUUGCCUUCUUGGACGGGGCGCAGGCGCUCCCGGGCAUCUUGGAGCGAGCUUGGCCAAUCACGUCUAGGUUGCAGGUUUCCGCUGUUCCUCAGCGCUCUUGCGCAGAUGGUGAGCUUGCAUUGAUUUUCCAAGGCUUAGAAGCAUUGCCCUUGGGGAAUGUUGACAAAGCCGCGUGGAGCGCUGCGUGGAAGAUCUGUGGAAGCACGACACGGUGGCAUGUUGGGACCUUGCGUCACUGCUCAGGGCGGUGCCGCCUCGCAACCAGCCCCAGCAGUGUGGGUCUGUCAGCUGGGAAGCCCUGGCGUGAGUGGCGGCUUCCAGCUCGCUGGCAAUGCUUUUCCAAUCGACCCAAUGCCGCAAUACAUAGCAUACUUGAAGAAAGCAAUCAAAGCGGAGGAGGAACUGUCCAUCGCAGCAUCCAAGAUGGACCUCUACAGCCAGAAGGACGACCGCUGGGUCAAAGAUGA